GAUAAUUACUUAAUGUUUAUUAAUUGAAGGGUGUACAAUAUGUUAAGCUGUGGCUUAUGCAUGCCGUGGAUUCUUGUAUGUUUUAUAAGAAAGGAAUAAGAAACAAGUAUAGGGAAAAUACCCAAAUCUCUGCAAGGCAGCUCCCUCCGAGCAAAGAAAAACAACUCUGAAAAAAGCGAUUAUUAAAUGUAGACAGCGACCACGCUCGGGCCCCACGUAUUGGCCAAUAGGACGAAGCUAGAAACCAACGCGCUUUAGUCGCCAUCUUGGCUCUCAACUGAAAAAGCGGUGAAUAGAAAAAUCCAGUUAGAUUCGAGCCAAAAUGACAGGCGUUUCACCGAACCUUCCGCCUACUUAAUUUUCAUUGGUUUUCUCAGUGGUUCUGCUUUGUAUUUUGAGCUUUCUGAUUGGUGUUUAGCUCACCGUUGAACCCGCCUCACAAAUUUGAUUGGAAAACGUUUGCGCAUGUUGUCUUAGUGUUUGAGGAUGUAGGUUUUCAGUACUUAUUGAACGGCAUUCAUUAACCUAGUGGAUUUAUAUUGUCAAAAUGACUAUAUAUAUUAUUUUUAUAGGCUGCCCAAUUAGUUAGGUUAUGCCUGACGCAUUUAGUAGCACAGCCCAAGCGAGUUGUUUUGAUUGAAUAUAGAUAUAUUCGUUGUGCACCAGUUUUUACUGGGCUCAUCCUUAAUAUGAACUAAUUUAAAGGGCCAUAACGUGAUAAAAGACACCAUGUGCAUCAUCUAUUUGAUUGCGAUUUUAUUUAGCCUAACAGCAGAGCAAUGUUCCUCCAAACUGAUAGAAGAUUCGAGCCAGAGCUUCACGGAGAGGAUGCACGCAGGGAAGACGUCCUUUGUAUACUUUGGAAAUCACGUCAAUCCAACCAUCAAACUGUUCAUGGAGCAGCUUGAGAUGUCAGCUGAUGCCCUUGAGGACUAUGGGAUAUCUGUUGUAAAGGUGAACUGUUCAAAAGAUGCUAUACCAAACUACUGCACAGGAGAAGAGCUAAUGACCAAGGCAUAUCUGUUCAGAGGCUCUGAGGUCCUGAGGAGUUUCGACAUUGAUACUGUAUUUGACGUCAACGCAAUUGUUUCUCAUGUCCUUUUCUCUGUCCUCUUCAAUGAGGUCCGUUAUGUGCACACACCUGCUGAGCUGCUGCGUGUGGAGAGCACUGCCAAACAAAACAGUGACAUUGUGGUCGGUCACAUACCAGUGCUUGGCCUUCCAGAGCACCGAGCUUUGAUGGAGACAGCAUUUGUGUAUGGAACCAAAUACCAGUUUGUCCAGACGACUGGCUCUUUGGUCCUGAAGCAUAUGGGGGUUGUCGAUCCCUCUUCCUCUCAAGCACGACUGUGGUUUUUGCACUGUAAAGGUAUAUCCAGGCAGUCUGAUCCAUGUCCCAGCACUCCCAUGAGAAAACCUCUCAACACCAUCAACAUACACACCUUCCUUCAGCUGAUGGAGGCACCUCUAGUGACAGAGGAGGUGGUAGACCCGUCUGAGGUAGAUGUGGUUCAUAUGCACCUCGGUGUGCCCGUGCUGUAUCUGUUCUCUCAGCCCCAAACCGAGCACCUGGAUCGGGCCACCGCUCAAACUCUCGCCAUGCAGCUCCGUGGAGAGGUCGGCGUAGUGCUCAUUCACAGGAACAGUCCGAACGUGGAAACUCCGCUGAAAUACAACGCUGCUUACAGACUCCCACAGGAGGAUGUGAAAUAUUUUACCCUGAAAAGCACAGAUGAUGUUGUGAAACUUUUCAAAGAAGAACUUUUGCAAGAUCACAAGUUAGAAGAAGAAGAGGAAGAUGAAGAACACUGGUCAGAUCCUGAUAUCCUCGAUGACGAGGUGUCCGAGUCUGUGUACAGAGACCGUGAUCUUAUGCUGGAUUUGGAGUCCGUUGUUGAACUCACUUCAGACACUUUUCAAAAAACAGUCACACAGGAUGAAAUCACAGUGGUGCUGUUUUAUUUUAAAUGGGAUGCUGUUUGUAUGGCUUUCAUUCAGUCGUAUAUAGAGGUGGCAGAUGCACUUGAAGGUAUGAAUGGAGUGCAUUUGGCGGCAGUAAACUGUGGAGAAUAUACUGACAUUUGCAGUGAUCAGAACGUCACUUCCUUCCCCACCGUUUUAAUCUACCAGCCCAUGUCUGCUGCUCAGCUUUAUAGGGGAAUGCUGGGUACCAAGAGCCUACACAGGUUCAUACUACUGAGUCUGGUCUCCAGUCCUACCCAUCUUUCCUCCUCUGCUGAGGUGAUGUCCUUCUUGGAGGGAGAUUUGUACAGUAAACAUGUAUAUCUGACCCCUGUCAGAGUGCUGGGCCUUUUCAGUUCAACACAUGACACUGGUGUAACUUCAUUUGAAGAAGCUGCAAGAAUCCUCAGAGGAGAGACUAUUCUUGGGCUGUUUGCCCACAAAGACGCAGAGCAAUGGAUGGAGGGACUGUCAGUAAACCUGCCCGCUCUACUGGUGUCCCGUGGCCCUGGAGUUCCUCAUGAGGUCUAUUCUCUCCCAUCAUCCUCACCAACGGACCUCGCUUCACUUAUUCAGCGAGUGAAGCUGGAUCGUUUUGCCGAACUGACCGUGGAGAAUCUUCCCUGGUAUUUGGAGCUUGGGAAACCUUUGCUACUGCUUUUUAUCGGAAAGGAGGACAGUACAGAGAGUACGGAGGCUUUAGCAGAGAUAAAGCAACCGCUGAGCGCUGGACAGCUGGAUUUCUUCCUACCAUGUUGGAUCCAUCUAGGUCGGACACCUGUUGGGAGGUCUAUCCUGGAAAAGUAUCUUGGCUUUGUACCUCCACUUCCUGCUUUGGUGAUGUCACGGUUAAAAACUGGAGGAGAGGUGUUCCUUUUCCCACCAGAGCGCCUCCUAAUGGCUAAGAAUAUCCUGCAGUGGAUUCAGGAUGUGGAAAAUGGACAGGAACAACCAGCAGGCUUGAUCCCAGAUGGGAAAUGGGGCCCUCCUGUGCCAUUCUUUGACUUUUUGGCUAUAAUGGACCAAGAAGCGCCGACUUACGCAGCUCAGAGGGGUCCUAAAACGAAGACUGGGGGCAGGGAAGACCACAGAGCACAGAAGCAUGUGACCCCAAACCAAAGACGAACCUCACAUCCAUCACCAAACCCCCAAGCACCUCGCCAGCACUCUGAACUAUAAAGUCAUGGCACAGAAGGUUAUGCAAGCAAUUCACAUGACUGCUUGACAUCUGUUAGAUUUCACAUUACGUGUGACGGAUGUCUUCAGUGUGAUUUGCAGAAAUGUGUGUGUAUCAGAACGACGAUAUUGUACACUUUCCAUCUUAUUUUUCACAAAUCAAAUGGACUUUUCCAAAUGAAAUCAAGCUAGUUUACAUUUCAGUACUGUAACUUUAUAUACACGGAAUGUGAUAUUUAAAACCUGAAAAGGAUCUACUAGAAUGUAUUUAUUUAUCCAAAGCAUUUAUGUAAAUGUUUUUGUGACACAGUAUUAUUCUGAUUCUUACGGUGCCUGUUUUUAUAUAAAUACGGCGCUUCACAUAUGGAUGACAUUUGUAUAUUCGAACACUGCCUGUUGUUUCAGUCAUGGAAGAACAGCAGCUGAGUCUUUUUUUAUUUUUUUACCAUAUCAUGCUGCUUUCAUGAUGGAAAGACUAACGUCAAACCUGAAAGAGGCUGGUUGAUUGCGUUGUUAAAGUUAAUUAGCGUCACAUUUAACGAGGGAAGAACUACUUUUUAAUGCGAACCAAAGUUACUAAAUGAGCCCCUCAUCUUUUGUGUGUUGCUGGGAUCUGUAUUCAGUAUUUAAACCCUAAUGCAGAUGUUUUUGGGAACAUCUUAAAUACCAAUUUUUUGGCAAAAAAAACAUGUGUGUUUUCAAGUGCACAUAUAUACGCUCACCCAUGUGAAGGUCAUUAUAUAAGAUAAGCCUGCAUGGAAACUCCGUAAGCAUGCAGUCAUAUAGACCUCUGUUUACAGUAUCUGUGCUAUGUCCUCUCUUGAGCACAUGACAAGUUGAGUCUUAUUUGAGUGUUUUUAUUUUCCAAAAGUAAGCCAGUUGGCCAAGCCUGUUGUGAUUGGUAUGGAGAGGAGUACUUGAGCAAGUUAGUGAGCGCUACCUGUGUUGCCAAGUCUGCGGUUGUUUCUGAUGUCACCCCAGUAAUGCAUAUUUAGCCCCUCGAAUGUGAAUUUACCAGGGGAACCCCCUCGAAACGCGAUUGGGCUACUUUUGUAUAGCAAUUGGACAGGAUUUUUUGUGAAAACCUGGCAACCCUGAUGCACCUUUACAUAAAACAGUAAUAUAGUGCUUCUUAAAGGAACACUCCACUUUUUUUGAAAAUAGGCUCAUUGUCCAACUCCCCUAGAGGUCUGGCGAUAGCACUUUUAGCAUAGUUUAGCAUAGAUCAUUGAAUCUGAUUAGACCGAUAGCAUCUUGCUCAAAAAUGAC